AAUUACGGAGCAGAUGAGACAAGGCGUCGCAGAUUUGCUAACGCUUCACAAGGCACCGCGCUGCGAGAGGACAGCAUUUGCUGGUUACUUUGAGGGCCUGUGAAAAAAAGAUUUGCAGCUUUUUUUACUCAGCAUCACUGUACUUUCAGUCCUUUGGCUGGGACCGCAACUUUAUCAUAAUUAAUUCCGGGAUAGGCGGCAGAGAAGUGUCGCUCAUUGUCCCGGGACCAGAGGAGUGAGGACAUUUUUUCGCGACAGUGACCGGGGCCAGCUGAGAGCUGCCCAGCGGCGCCGUUGGAAGUUCACCCUCACCGCGGAGAGGCUUCCGCGGCUGGCUUCCGCGCACUGAUGGACUCGACGUGGUGAAAUUCGGAAUAGCUUAUCUCCCAUCACUUGUCGUCGGUAUCACAGACCAUCAUGUUGCCCUGUGUCAUUUUGGUCAGCGUGUUUUUAAAGGCGAUCCGAUGCCAAGAUUCUCAUCCCUUACAGCCGUCGACCUCCAUUAGCGAGUCUUGCGACUCUUUGUGCUCCUGCGAAGCAAAGGACGGUAUCCUCUACAUUAACUGCGAGCAGAGAAACCUCAGCAGCAUCUCCCAAAUUAAAAUCCCUUCAGAUGUGCCCUUCCACCUAAACCUUUAUAAAAAUGACUUAGUUGAGCUUCGCACUGAGGAAAUGGAAGGGCUCAAAAAUGCCCUUUCGUUGCACAUCGGAGGUAAUAGCAUACAAGAAUUAGAACCAGGAGUUUUUAGCACUCUUGGUUCUUUGAAAAAACUCCACAUCAAUAGAAAUUUCCUUGUCACACUCAAAGAGGACACUUUUCAAGGCCUGGUGAAUUUGGAGUUUCUCCAAGCCGACACAAAUUUCAUUCGGGUCAUCGAGCCUGGAGCCUUUAACAAACUGAUCCGCCUCAAGGUCCUAAUCCUCAAUGAUAAUUCCAUGGAGUUUUUACCAAACAACAUUUUCCGUUUUGUGCCUCUCACCCACCUGGACCUACGUGGCAAUAAGCUCCAGACUCUGCCUUAUGUUGGCUUUCUAGAGCACAUUGGUCGGAUUAUGGAACUACUAUUGGAGGACAAUGACUGGGUGUGUGACUGUGAAAUUUUGCAUUUAAAAAUCUGGAUGGAGAACAUGAGGGGCCAAUCUGCAAUUGGAGAGGUGAUCUGCAACUCACCACACAAUCUCAAGGGCACCAUCUUAGCUAAAGUAAAGCGGGAAAUUCUCUGUCCAUCCCACGCAGAUAUCAAUUUAGAGGAACCCUCUAAGUCAUUGGAUAUGGUUGUUACGCCCUCAUCCAAGGGGGCGCAGAUUCCCAAGUUAACUGAUGCCAAAGACGACGCCAAGGAACCAACACCGUCUCACGUUCCGGGUAGUCCUUGUGUAGAGCAUUGUUCUUGCCACAAUCACCCUGUGGCAGGGUUUUUGAUGCAUUGUCAAGAUAGAGGAAUUCAAAAGGUUUCAGAUAUCGGAAUACUUCAGCAAAGCCCCACUAAAAUGGUCAUGACAGGAAAUAUGAUUCAGAGACUGUACAGGUAUGAUUUUGUUACAUAUGAUGGGCUGGAAUUGCUCAAUUUGGCAAAUAAUAGGAUUGAUUAUAUUGACAAUGAGACAUUCCUCAGCUUAAGCAGUUUGAGGAAACUGCAUUUGAACGGUAACCGAAUUGAAAAACUUUACCCCACAAUGUUUGUGGGUCUCCACAACCUCGAAUUCUUGUAUCUGGAAUAUAACCUUAUCAAGGACAUUGCUCCAGGCACAUUUAAUCCCCUGCCAAACCUUAAUCUGUUAUCAUUAAACAACAACCUGCUCAGCUCUCUUCCUGCACAGAUAUUUCGCAAUGCACCCCUCACCAAAUUAAAUCUGAGGAAAAAUCUGUUUAUGCACCUGCCAGUGAGCAACGUGCUUGAUCAACUCGACUCAUUAGAGCAGAUUUAUUUUGAGGACAACCCGUGGGACUGCAGCUGUGACUUGUUCAGCCUCAAACAGUGGGUGGAAAAACUGAGAAAAGACACUGUAGUGGGCUCCAUUUUGUGUCACACCCCAAAGAAAGUGAUGCAGGCUGAUCUUAGGAGCUUACGUCACGAAGUGCUCUGCACAGGUUUGGGAACCCACUCUUUGGCUCCAGAUGGAGAGGAAAGCGUGACUGCUACACUGGGCCCCGACGGCUCUGGCAGAGGCUUACUCAGCUCCCUCACAGAAACCGUCCCACUCUCCGUGCUCAUCCUUAGUCUUCUUGUUUUAGUCUUAAUGAUAAUCUUUUGCUCAGCUGGACUGGUUGUUUUUGUUGUGCAUCGGCGGCGCCGCAGAGCAAAAAGAAAAACAGCAGGAGAGCAUCCGAGAGAAAACAGCAGCAACAGCCCCAUACACUUACAUUAUAGCAUGUAUGGGCAGAAAACAACGCACCACACUCUGACACAAAGACCUGGAUCUGCUACCUUGUACGAGGAGAGGUCGCAUAGCCCCAUUGUGCAGAUCUGUCGAAACCCAACGUACUGUUCUCAGCAAAAGGAGCACGACGCAGAUCUGGAUUAUAGCCUAGACCACCCGAGCUCCAAGAAUCAUGUUUGUCGGAGCAUCAUGGAGAAGGAGAACACCUCCCCUCUUACAGGCAAUCCGGGCUCAAAGUUCAAACCAAUGGCAGGGGAGAGCCCGGCUGAGUUUCUUACACUUGGGGACCCUAACUCCUUGUACAGGAAUAUUCUGGAGCGGGAAAAGGAGCUGCAACAGCUAGGAAUUACGGAGUACCUGCGGAAAAACAUGGCCCAGCUUCAGCCUGCUGUAGAAAUGCAAGUCCCACGGCACCAGGAGGAGUUAAAGCUAAUGGAGACAAUUAUGUACUCCCGGCCGCGCAAGGUCAUGCUUGAGCAAACUAAGAAUGAGUACUUUGAACUCAAGGCCAAUUUACAUACUGAGCCAGACUACUUGGAGAUUGUAGAGCAUCAAGCUGCGUAUAACUGAGCUUCGGCAGAACGAGAAAUCAUAUGUGACGUUUUGAUGCAAGUGCCUUGUCCUCUUUGCCCUCUUGUAUUUUCCACAGUGUGAAAUAGCUGUAAUGGGCACGUCACUUUAAGUCUAAUUGUAGCACAGAAUGUAACUGCUCGGUUUAUUUUGUCAUUUGACAGCCACAUUAUGUAGCCACUGGAAGGUGUGACUUUUGGCCAAAUGUAACACAAAGAGGCUAUUUUUUUAACCCAUGCAGUAUCCAUGGCUGCCAAAUGAAUCGAUUAAUAAAGACUCCGCCCUCUGCCAACCCCCACCCAUCCUGUCAGGAUAAAGCAGAUGUUUGGAAAAAUAGUGAAUCUGAAUCACCACUUGACCUAGAAUUGCUGUUUAAUCAGUCUAUCCUCACUCCGGGUUUGACCUGAUUACACCCUCUGUCAGCAUAAGCCAGCUGGAUUGCUGGAACCGGAAUGCUCAUUGUGCCAUGGGCCAGACGGUGUAUGUUGGGUGGGGGGGCUUACAGGUCAGCAAAAUAUCAACUGUACAUCAGAAAAACAGAAGCAUGGGGUUUUGUGCUUUUUCUUGUCAGAGCUUUUAAAUGCAAUCACAGAACAUGUAUUUAUUUUUAUACAAAUGUACAAUAUGAGAUAGAGGGGAAUUCUUUGUCGAAAUGAAUAAAUAUAACACUUAUACAGUACAUAACCAUUGUCUUGUAGAAUGCAUUGCACUGACAGAUGCCACAAUAUGGUGCAUGACAAUCAACUUGACCCUGCUCCAACUCAUUCUUUCAUCCUCAAACCGUGAAAAAUAGCCCCGGUUAUGUAUGAUCUGAACGUAUGUUGGGAACUGGACUGUGUUUGAUUUACCUGAUAAAGCAUUUCCCAUUUGUCAUUGACUGACUAUCCCAACUUGGACAUUGUUCAGGAUUUAUACCCCAAACACCCUCUGUGCCCCUUAUAAACAUCAAUACAGUCCAUGUAAGCACACACUCUGUAGCUUUUCUACCUAAUUAGAUUGAAUUAUUUAUUCUGUACAUCUUGUAAAUAGCCAUGUUGCACUCUAUCUUUUGGUUUUGUGUGCCUUCAGUGCUGUACAAAACAUAAUCAGAAGUUGUAAUUGAUGAACAGAAAAUAAAGAAUACGACAAA